CUUUAAGUUAUCACGGUUAUGAACAGUUUUGGAUUAUUAUGAGAUUGUGUUUAUAAACAGCAAAUAUUUCUUAAUUUGUGGACGUAUAUUUUUUCCUAUGGCAAUAUGAAAUGGGAUUGACUAUAAUGAUUAAUAUUUAUUCUAUUCUGUUGGGUAAUGAUUUUUUUCUCCUAUAACUCUUCCCAGACUCAGGGAGCCAUCAUGACAUGAUCGGAACUUGGAUUUUUCUGGAUUUAGUGAUAUAAAAUUGUGUCAUUUUGUGCAAUUUUUUCCAAUAUGUUGUUCUUUGACAUUUAAACAUGAUUGUUUCUUGUAUAAACAAACAUUUAUGGUAGACUUGAAGGGCUCUAAACUUAAUGGAAAUGUUAUUUCUAAAGAUCAAAGGAUACAUUAUUGGUUUCAUAAUUGUUAAGGUCAUAAAUCACUAGUAUUACCCUAUAAAGGCAUUGUAGUCUCGUGUGGUUUAUUAACUGGUACAGCUGCUGCAUUUAUAUAUUGCAAUAGAUAUGUUUUCAUUGCAUCUUUUAUUGAUCAAUAAUAUAUAGGGCUGUAUUAUAGUCUCGAAUAUCAUUAUACGGAUGAAAGCAUGACUAUAAGGAAUUUAAUUGAGAUCACUAUAGCCAUCUAAUCCUCGCAACAACUGAAAAAUUUUGUCAUAUGAAGUGACUUUCGUGCCAAAUUUCAUCAAGAUCUUAAAGGGAUUUUACAUGAAAGAGAAUGGAUUAUACAUAUUAUUGGAGAGGUAAUCAAGAUAAUGCAACAGCCUGACUCUCAAUUUCUCAUUGUGAAUCGGAUAUGCUGAUAAGGAAAUUCAAAGGAUUACCAAAUGGGGGUGGAAACGGAAUCCAUGAAAAUCGCUCGAAGCUCAAUGGAGGAAAUCGAGGUGUUUAAAAACGCGGAUUCUCCGACCGGGGAGCGUAUAAAGCUCUUCAUAGAUGAGUUAGAGCCGAUAGAGGUUGCUGGGGGAUCUGGACAUUUAGAGAUGCCCCCUCGGCUUCCUGUGCUUCCCCUGCAGGCCUGUGUGGGGCCAGGUGACCUUGACUUUGACCUUGAUUUUAUGGUCAACCUUGAACUUGACCCUGAUGUUGAAUAUCAUUCAGGCCAAGAGGUACAGCGUAUCAGUGUCAUCAACAAUCUGCCAGACCUGCUACGUGACAGCCAUGCAGACUGUAUGCGCAGGGUUGUUCCAAAAGUCAGGGAGGUUUUGCAUGUCGCCCAGGCGGACAUGCAGCUCGCCGCGUCGUCAGCGUUCAUCCAGAUCUUGCGGAAGGACCUGGUUCCUGUGCAGAAUUAUGCGCAGACGUUUCUACAGACCAUUCUCUCCAGCGUUGACAACAAAGACCCAGAUGAAUGGAAUGGCAGCUGUUUUAGAAGUCCAGAUACAGAGAUAGCGACAGCGUGGCUGGACACUCUACUUGAUGUAAUUGACUUGCUGCCCAAAGAUAUAAUAAAAAAAGAGAUUCUAACCAUUGCAAUAGAGAAGGGCCAGCUGUCACAGCCAGUGCAGACCAGGCUCUCAUGCUGUAAAAUCCUCGGAAAAAUCGCUACAAGAUUUGAACCCUUUGUGAUAAAGAAAGAGAUCCUGCCGGUAGUUCAGUCGCUGUGUCAGGACGUGGAGUAUGAAGUGCGGGGAUGUAUGUGUCUACAACUGGAUCCCGUGUCCAGAGGGCUGGGGCUAGAGGCAACUAAAAGUGCAAUACUGCCAGAGUUGGUGGAGUUGACCAAUGAUGAAGAGAGUUACGUUCGCAUAGCGGGACUUCAGACUGUGGUCAAUAUUCUCACUCUCGUCGAUGAAGACACAUGUAGGGCAACAUUGAUACCUCUGGUGUGCAAGUUCUGUCAGCAGGCAAUGAAAACGGAAGACGUCACGCUUCCUAUCGUUGCCAAGGAGAUCGGCAGACUGGCACACGGCUUUCUUGCGUACUUGACUGAAGAACAGAAACUAUGGUUUGUGGAUUUCUUCAAGUCGAUGUGUCGGGUCGGGCUGUCGGAAAACAAACAGAACAAGAAUAAAGAAGCUGAGAAAGACUCACCAACUAAAGAUCAGGGUUCGGUAGAACUAUUUGUGCCAGUAUUACCAGACAUUCUGGAACUUGAGGAGAGGGUGAUAGAAACUCGAAGAAACUGUGCAUUUAACUUUCCAGCAAUGGUUAUGUUUGUUGGAGCGAAGUCUUUCAAGGCAGAGCUGGGGACGUGUUUCUCUCACCUGUGUAAGGAUCCAAACGUCGAAGUCCGUAAAACGCUCUCCUCAGGGUUUCAUGAAAUAUCGGGCAUGAUGGGCUCCCACGUAAACAAUCUCCUUGGUGACUUGAUAGUCCUUCUGAAGGACGAGAACACCGAGGUCCUCAAGGGCGUGGUCACCCACCUCCCAGACACAAUCACCUCAAUAUGUGGGCCCCUCACUCACCAGGCCAUGCAUGAAGCCAAGCAAAACCAGAUAGCGGACAUCAUUCCUGCAAUUCUUUCCGCUGAGUUGGUGAUAGCCUCAUCCAAUGACUGGCGUCUUCAGGAGAUGAUUGUCGAGCACUUUCGUUGUUUUCAGUACCUCACAAACAGCGAGAAUAUCUACAACAAAAUCAUUCCAGUCCUAAUGAGAAAAUUGAGAACAGCGCGAGCGAUGCCAGUUCGGCUAGCUGCUACUCGAUCCACUCUAUCCUUGGUGAGAAAUAUCAAGAAAAUGGAACAACGCUCCAACAUUCUCUGUACACUUGUAGAAGAUUUCUGUCAUGGAUAUAGCUGUCGCAAUAGGAGUUUAUUUAUAGACAUUUGUCGAGUGACUAUAGAAUAUUAUUCAAAGGCAUAUUUUAAAGAAACGUUUUUUGAAUCGCUAGUGAGUCUUCAUACGGACCCAAUACCCAAUAUUCGCUAUAGGUUGUGUUCAGUGUUACCGGAUUUGAAACGAAUAAUAAAGUUACCUAGUGAUAAAAUGCUCCAUCAGUUGUUGGAUAGUUGUGUGCGUAGACUCUUAAUAGGAGAGAAAGAUAGAGACGUCGCUCUGGCCGUGAAAAUUGCAGUGGAGGAAAUGGACAAAAUACCAGUUCAGAUGGAAUCAGCAUUAACUCGGCGUAUCAUGAUGGAAGAAGAUGUUGAAGACCAGAAAAAAGAAGCAGAUGAAAAACGACUCAUAGAGCUUGAGGAACGCGAGUUAAAAAAGGAAGAGGAGGCAGCCAAGGCAAAAGCUGACAAAAAGGGCAUGAAGGACAACGCUUCAAAAAUACCGGCGCCGAAAAAGAGCAAGGGCUCAGUCUGUGGUAAAUCCGAGCGCGAGUCUGCAGGAAUAAAACGGACACCCAGCACUACAAAUUCCACAACCAGUACCUCUACCACAGUUAAAGCAAAUACUGAGACGGAAUCACGGAUUCCUCUUGCUAACCGCUCAAAGUUAGCGAGAACAAAGUCAGGAAUGAGAACUAAGAACGCUCAAGUGAAAAAUGACUCUGCAGCUAGCAAGCUUUCUUCUACAAAGACAAGUAGGUCAGGGGUCAGUGGGGUUCCGACCCCCAGCAGUGCAGGGUCAAGAAAGAGCUCAGUAUCAAAAAUGGCAGCGUCUGAGGGCGCGCAACGCCGAGCCUCGAUAAGCAGUCCCCCCAUUUCGGUGACAGAAAAGGGUGCCGUACGAAAGAAUAGCAACGGAAGCAUUCCUGUAAAGUCAACGAAGAAAACCAAAUGAUGACAUCAUGUCUGGCCAGUUUGGUGUUCCCAAAUGAAGCAUAAUAUUUACACUAUGUGCAACUAAACGGCAAUGCAAUUUCGCCCCACUCCGCAUUUAAUGUCCAUUAAAAGUCAUGUGCUCAUUUGUGAUUGUAUAUCGGAAGUUCGGACAGUGAUUUUACAUCCUGCGUGAACAUGUUUCUGGGAUAGAGGCUGUUAUGAAGCAGUCCAAAAAUGAGAUUCUAGAUGUCUGAAAUCAAUGUGAUCAUAAACUGGUGACCUUGACAGUGUUAGCUUGUGACCUUGACAAUGAAAACUUAGGACCUUGACAUUGUCAAGGUCAAAAAAGGAGGAGGAGGCAUAUGAGUGUAGUUUGUAGCUCAAAGGAUGUUUUAACAGAUUCGACAGUGAUUGUGAACAUGCAUUUAGUCACAGAAUUGUAACAGGAAAGUUUGCGAUGUGAAAGGCAAGGAGAAGAUGUAUAGAAAAUGGACAAGUGCAUGAAUGUGACCGCCUAUCUGUGGAGAUACUUUCUGUGUGAUUCAUGGUGUAAAAUGAUGGUGGUCGUGGUCCUUAAAUGGGAUAUGACCAUGUGGAUGUAUUGGUGCAGAGUUUUGGGGAGUAAUUUUCCCUUAUUUUUAUGACAAAUGGAGCCAUGACAGUUCUUACUGUGAUAAUUACAGAAAUGGAGCAUUUAUCACAUGUGGCCUGAAUGAUUAAAUGAGUGUGAUAUUUCCAUAAAUGGAGCAUUUAUCACAUGUGGCCUGAUUUAUCACAUGGUGGUGAUAUUUCAAUAAAUUGAGCAUUUAUCGCAUGUGAAUUGAAUGAUCACAUGAUGUGAUAUUUCCAUAAAUGGGGCAUUUAUCACAUGUGCCCUGAAUGAUCAUUAGUGUGAUAAUUCAGUCAAAUGAGUAUUUAUCGCAUGAACGAAGUGACAUGAUCUGUGAGAUAUUUUGGUAAAUGGAUCAUUUAUCACACAUGAUCUGAUUGAGUGAUAUGAUUCCCAUAAAUAUGAGUGUGAUAUUUCUGGAAAUGGGGAUCCAGUGAUAAUAUUAUAAUGAUGAUCAGUUGUAAACAUUUUGAUGUGAAAGGGGCACUUCAAUCAUUUUAUAUCCAUCUGAACAAUGGAUUUUUUUUUAACAAAUCUUAAAAUUACAGCAUCUGUUCUAGAUGCUAUUUGCUCUUUCCACGACAUUUGCACCGUCAGAUUUUCUUGAAUCUAAAAUAUAAGUAAGCUGUUACCAACGUGAUAGAGUGCCCCUUUAAUUAAAAUGUGAACUGGCUACUACUUACAUGGCUUAUCUGUUGCAAGAGAUUGAUAGCCAUACUAGGUCAGAGCAUUUCUUAUUUGGAGAAAUUAUUUAUUGUGUAUUGAUAAUACAUUAUGAGCAAUAAUUUAGUCAUUCUUUCAAACUGUUUUAGGUAAUUAAGAAAAUUAUAUAGUUUGCAUGUUUUUCAUAGUUUCAACUUUUUAUGAGCUGUUCAUGGUAUAGGUUUUGCUUUAUUUUUUUGUUCCUUUUUUCAAAGACUUCUUGAACGAAUUGUUGUUCAACAUUUUCUGUUAGAAACGAAAAUGUGUAAAAUAUGGUGUAAAUAAAUAAAAAACAAACUACGGUUAAACUGAACAAAAAAUAUUGAUUUUUUUUUAAAUAUUACCAUUUUUUAACUGUUACUUUAUAAUUUGAGAUCUAUACUGAAUUUGAUUCUGAUAAAAUUGAAUAAUGGAGUGGAAAACUCAAAUUUAAGCUAAAUAAUUGGAUGCAGAAAUUUACAGGGUCAUACUGUUUGUAAGCCUUGAACUUCAGCGUUCUGAUAAGAAAUUGAUAACAUAAAGUCCUUGACUUAAUUAAGGCAGACUGUCUGUCCUUAUAAUCUUUGUGAGCUUCUGAACUUUCAAAAGUUUUCGCUUGUCCAGCUGUUUUGAAAAGAUUAGGAGUAAAGAUGUUGACACUGCCUCGGUAUAGGCAAAACUUGCUAGUUGGCUGUAACUUUAAAGCUGCACUCUCACAGAUUAACCAUUUUUACAAGUUUUUUUUAUUUUUUGUCUUGAAAAGAGCAAAUUUUUGCAUAAAUAUCUGCAAACAAAUGAUAAAAGAUUGCUGACAAAAGAUCAGAUCGCAGAUUUGCAUAUUUCUGUUCGAAAGUUAAUGUUUUAUGGCUUAAACCGUUACUAACAGUUUAAGAAAAAUGCAUAAAACAUGUCAACAGUCUUAUAUAACUGGUUUCCAUGGAUUUUUGCAAAAUUUGGCUCAUAUUCCAAGACAAAAAGUUGUCAAAAUGUUCAAUCUGUGAGAGUGCAGCUUUAAAACCUUUGAAGAUAUUAAGUAGAAAAUUGGUUGUGCUCAAUUGUAAUGUAAAAGUUAUGUAACACUAGAAGUUUUACAGUAUACCAAUGUUCAGGACGCUUUAAAUCUUUUUUAACCUCGCUAAGAUAUAUAUGUUUAAGAAGAUCCUUAUGCCAGUUUUAGUCGCUAUAAUGUCAAUUUCACAUUGUCACUUAUAACAGCAUUACGUGGUCACAAUAUUUUUUGUGAUUUCAUCAUUUUGUGUUCUUUGUAGAUUUUAUGUACAUGUUGGCUUUAAAACUGAAGGGUACCCAUAUCGCUUUCCGCUUAGGGAAUAGCAAUUAUAUAAGUGUCAAAUUAAAGCUGAAUUCUGUCUGUGCAAAAUGUACAACGCCAAGACCUGAGCGCUUUUGCUUUUUUGGGCGGUCUACAUUUCGAAACUGUAUAGGUCUUCAGAAUUUCCCUCGGGCCCAUGAAUUUGAUUAUUGUAUGGGCCCAAAUGGGCUUUGCUUUAAAAAAAUCAUUUCACGCAAACUGUUUAUUACCUCACUAUAUAUUGAAAUUACUGUCAUAGUUAAAUUCUUUUGUUAUGCUUCAUUACAAUUCAAGAAUUGCAGGGGCGUAGCCAGCGGUACUCACUUACGCAUGUGCGUAACAUUAAUUUGAAAAAUGAAAAAAAAAGGCAAAAUUGCAUCAAAGUCGAGGGUUUAGCUAAAUAUUGAUAUCAGAAUAAGAUUAGCUUUAGUAGGCAUUGUUUCUCUGUGCUAGAUAGCUUACUGAGCUUAAAUCAAUCACUUGAUAACUACAAAGUCGGCAGCCUCGAACCUAUAAAUCCCUCCAAAAACUCAUCAGUGCUCAACAUGUUAGUUUCCUUUUUUUUCUCUGGGGAGCAUCCCCCUCCGAACACCCCUACGGCUUCAGGGAUAUUCCCACUCCCACACCCUCAUGCGUAACAUUCAGUAAAGCCUGGCUACGCCCCUGAAUUGAUUAACUCAGAUUGAUUAAAGUCUAAAAAAAGACUACACAAUUUGAGUCUUAGUUGUGUUGAAUUUGAUGAAAACAUUUUCAUAUAGUGUUAAAACUUGUUCAUUUUUCUUUUUAUGAAUUUGGCAAUGUCACAAUUGCCUUUAACAUUCCACUAUAUUUCAAGUGCUGUUCUAUAUAUUAUUAUCUUUAAGUCAAGGUAAAUUGAAGUUGACCCAAUUUUCUAUUUAGAUUAAGUUAUCUUCACAAUAACAUUCAAAAAUUAGUAAUAUUUUAAACUAAAAUUGUCAAUGAAAUGAUGUCAAUACUACUGAUAAAGUAAUCUGCUUGCAUCAAGUUGAAACUUAAGUUAUUUUUCUUUUGAAUCUGUAAAAAUCUUUGUCCAAUCUUAGAGCAGUUUCAUUAUACAGAAACUAGCUAAGAGUGAUUUUUUGCCCAGGAGAGAAUUUGAACAAUAGUGGGGUGGUUUUAUCAAAAAUCCUAGAAGUGAUUUUUACAUGAGAAAGGUUUUCAGGAGUUCAGUUCCAGUUUGAAAUCCUGUUUUAGAACAAAAUCAUUCCCAGGAUUAUUGAUGAAAGGAUCAUACCACAAGAUUUAUUUUUUCAAUCUGGGUAUGACUCUAAAGAUAGCAGGGUCAUUUGAUUUGGCCUUACUUUUCUUAGUCAUCUCUGGGUAUUCAAGGUGCCUUUUGACUAUUUGUUUUGCCAUAUAUAGCCACUGUUUGCCAUUAAAUCAAAGAUAAAUGUUUAAAUAAUAGAACUAACUUUACUAACUUCACUGGCAACAUUUCUAAAUCUCAGGUCUUAUAAUUGAGUGGUUUGCUUUAAAUUUAGCUUGAUAGAAAAAGAUAACAAAGUAGUUUAAUAACAUUUUUUUAUGUUAUUUAUCUCAUCCUUUUAACAUCUUUUGUCAGUGGUAAAAUUGAACACAAGCCUGCAAGCCCUGCACUGGUAAAAUGUCUGGCGGGCUUAUUUAAAUUCUGAAUUUUAUAUAGCAGGGCUUGUUAAAAAAUUACAUGCCAAACAAUGGUAUAAGAGUUCGGGCUAAAAUGUUCAUCCAAAAGUCUCAUUUUGGUGACUGUUUUUUCAGUUAAUCAUUGAUAAUGUAUUGAAUGAUGAUUAUUUUAUGUAUAUGAAUAAGAACUGAAUAAUAUGCAAAAAUAUAAUCAAAGAAAACUAAGAUAUAUGCAAAAUUCUCCUAAUACAUGUAUGUCAUGGCCAUGUUGAAUAUUAAUGUUUUAUUUUUACAUUUUUUUUUUAUAAUUGUGACUGCAUUUAGAAAUUUUCGCAUGUAUACUUAACUAAUAUAGAAAAGUUGACACUUAUUUUUUAUUAUUUUGUCAUUUCAGAAAAAUAUUUUUCACAUUUGAUAUUUUUAAAACAGGAAUUAAACUGGAAAUUUCUUGUUUGUGCACAUUAUCAGUUUAUUGGUAUAUCACUGUAAAGAAACAUUUCAUUUAAAAAAAAGAGGUAACUAAAGCUUUAUAUAAUAAUAUUUAGUUGCAUGGUUUGGUAGAUUUUAACACAUUGAGGGCUGAGCGGUAGACUGCACUAGCUGCUAACUUUAUACGUAGAAUUAAUGCAGUUUUAUGACAAGUCCUCAUCCUAGAAUUAGCCGUUGUCUUCACCUCUGUGCAAUGUACACUUAUGUGAUUCUUUUUUGUAUUUCAUUUGUUACUUCACCCCUUGUUUUUUCUUGGUGACUGCAAAAUUACGGGGUGAAAUGACUUUUGAUCUUUUGUGUUCUUGUGGUUGUGUUGUUUUUUUUCUCUCUUUUUGGAGUCUUGUCACAAGGUGUUAUUUUUUUACUUUAGGAAAUUCUUUAAUUAUCAUACCUUUGUUUGUUAAUUUCAUUGUUGAUGCACACAUCAGUAUUGUUAAUGAAUUCUAAUAAAAAGUAUCUAGAAAUACAGUACUGUUAAGACCAAACUUGACAGUAAGUGCACUUCUUGUGCACUCUUAGUUCACCAAAAGUGUAACCAAGUGUUUCUGGAGUUUUGCAGCUUGUGUAAAAUACAAAUAAAUUUAUAUUUUGUCCAAUAUCUUUGUUAACUAUACAACAGUAUUGUAUUGCAAAGUGUAAUCCUGUAUUGUAAGUAAAAAUGUAGAUAAAUCAUGAAAUUUAUAUUCAUUUCAAACAGAUAUCAGUUAAUGCAAGUUCAAAAUUUAUAGGACAUUAUGUUGUUAAUUGUUGUUAAUUAUAUGAUGAAAAUUUUAUUUUUCAAAUUGUAAAUGUCAUUGAUUAGAAGAUGAAUAAAAUAGAUUGUCAGUGG